GGUCCUCGUGGGUGCACCGAAGGCAGAUUCCAAAUACAGCACUUCAGUGAAGUCCCCUGGGGCUGUGUUUAAGUGCCGUGUGCACACCAACCCUGACCGGAGAUGUACAGAACUGGACAUGGCUCGAGGGAAGAAUCGGGGUACAUCCUGUGGAAAGACCUGUCGAGAAGACCGGGAUGACGAGUGGAUGGGAGUGAGCCUGGCCCGGCAGCCUGGUGCGGAUGGCCGAGUGUUGGCCUGUGCCCACCGCUGGAAGAACAUCUACUAUGAAACAGAUCAUAUCUUGCCUCAUGGCUUCUGUUACAUCAUCCCAUCCAACCUCCAGGCAAAAGGCAAGACGUUGAUCCCUUGCUAUGAAGAGUACAAGAAGAAGUAUGGCGAGGAACAUGGCUCCUGCCAGGCAGGGAUGGCGGGCUUCUUCACUGAGGAGCUGGUGGUAAUGGGUGCCCCAGGGUCAUUUUAUUGGGCUGGAACGGUCAAAGUGCUGAACCUCACAGACAACAUCUAUUUUAAACUGAAUGAUGAAACAAUCAUGAAUCGGAGGUAUACUUAUCUGGGUUAUGCAGUGACCGCUGGCCACUUCUCUCACCCAUCCAGCACUGAUGUGGUUGGAGGUGCCCCGCAGGAUGAAGGCAUUGGAAAGGUUUAUAUUUUUAGAGCUGACCGAAGAUCAGGCACAUUAAUUAAGAUUUUUCAGGCAUCAGGUAAAAAGAUGGGCUCUUACUUCGGCUCCUCCUUAUGCGCAGUUGAUCUGAACAGGGAUGGCCUUUCUGACCUGCUAGUGGGCGCCCCCAUGUUUUCUGAGGUCAGAGACGAGGGGCAGGUCGCCGUCUACAUCAACCGCGGAAACGGAGUCCUUGAGGAGCAACUGGCUCUGACCGGGGACAGGGCCUACAACGCACACUUUGGGGAGAGCAUCGCCACCCUGGGGGAUCUUGACGAUGAUGGCUUCUCAGAUGUGGCCAUUGGCGCACCCAAAGAGGAUGACUUUGCAGGAGCAGUGUACGUCUAUCAUGGCGAUGCCAGUGGGAUAGUCCCGCAGUACUCAAUGAAAUUGUCUGGGAGGAAGAUAAACCCAGUCCUGCGGAUGUUUGGGCAGUCCAUAUCAGGAGGCAUUGAUAUGGAUGGAAAUGGCUAUCCUGAUGUCACCAUUGGCGCCUUCAUGUCUGACAGCGUGGUUCUUCUGAGAGCCAGACCUGUCAUUACAGUGGAUGUCUCCAUCUUCCUCCCAGGCUCCAUCAACAUCACAGCACCUCAGUGUCAUGAUGGACAGCAGCCUGUAAACUGCCUGAAUGUCACUGUCUGCUUUAGGUUCCAUGGCAAACAUGUUCCUGGAGAAAUCGGUCUGAAUUAUGUUCUGACAGCAGAUGUGGCCAAAAAGGAGAAGGGCCAGCUGCCCAGGGUCUACUUUGUGUUGCUGGGAGAGACUGCUGGCCAGGUCUUGGAGAAGCUGCAGCUGGCCCACAUGGAGGAGCAGUGUCAUCACUACGUGGCCCAUGUUAAGCGGAGAGUGCAGGACGUCAUCAGCCCUAUCGUGUUUGAAGCUGCCUACAGCCUUGGAACACAUGUGACUGGGGAGGAGGAGAGGGAGCUGCCAGCUCUGACACCAGUUCUACGCUGGAAAAAGGGACAAAAGAUCGCCCAAAAGAAUCAGACUGUCUUUGAAAGGAAUUGCCGGUCUGAGGAUUGUGCUGCUGACCUGCAGCUUCAGGGUAAACUGUUGCUCUCCAGUGUUGAUGAGAAAACCCCCUAUCUAGCUUUAGGGGCUGUGAAGAAUAUCUCCCUAAACAUUUCCAUCUCCAACCUUGGGGACGAUGCCUAUGAUGCCAAUGUAUCCUUCAAUGUGUCCCGGGAGCUCUUCUUCAUCAACAUGUGGCAGAAGGAGGAAAUGGGCAUCUCCUGUGAACUGCUGGAAUCAGACUUCCUCAAAUGCAGCGUGGGAUUUCCUUUCAUGAGGUCAAAAUCGAAGUAUAAUUUCAGUGUAAUCUUUGAUACAAGCCACCUGUCUGGGGAAGAGGACAUUCUCAGCUUCAUUGUUACUGCUCAGAGUGGCAACGUGGAGCGCUCUGAAGCCCUGCUUGACAACACUCUCAUACUGACGGUGCCUCUGGUGCACGAAGUGGACACUUCCAUCACUGGAAUCGUGUCUCCAACUUCGUUUGUGUAUGGUGAGUCUGUGGACACAUCCAACUUCAUUCAGCUGGAUGACCUGGAGUGUCAUUUUCAACCUCUCAACAUAACCGUUCAGGUCUAUAACACUGGCCCAAGCACCCUUCCUGGGUCAUCUGUCAGCAUUUCAUUCCCCAACCGACUGUCACCUGGUGGUGCAGAGAUGUUUCAAGUCCAGGAGAUGGUGGUGGGCCAAGAGAAGGGAAACUGCUCUUUCCAGAAAAACCCAACCCCUUGCAUCAUCCCUCAAGAACAGGAAAAUAUCUUCCACACCAUAUUUGCUUUUUUCACAAAGUCGGGAAGAAAAGUCUUGGACUGUGAAAAUCCAGGAAUGUCUUGCCUAACAAUACACUGUAACCUUAGUGCUCUCACUAAAGAAGAAAGUCGUACAAUAGACGUUUACAUGCUGCUGAACACAGAAAUACUGAAGAAGGACAGUUCGUCUGUCAUCCAGUUCAUGGCUCGAGCUAAGGUGAAGGUGGACCCUGCCCUGCAUGUGGUGGAAAUAGCCAAUGGGAACCCAGAAGAAAUGAUGGUGGUCUUCGAGGCCUUGCACAAUCUGGAGCCCCGCGGCUAUGUUGUGGGAUGGAUCAUCGCCAUAAGUUUGCUGGUGGGAAUCCUCAUCUUCCUGCUGCUAGCAGUGCUGCUGUGGAAGAUGGGCUUCUUCCGCCGAAGGUACAAAGAAAUUAUUGAAGCCGAGAAAAACCGGAAAGAGAACGAAGAAAGUUGGGACUGGGUCCAGAAGAACCAGUGACCUGCCGCACCAGUCACAUGACCCAAUCACUAGCCUGUUGUCCUUGAUCUUUGUAUCUUCCAUAUUUGGAAGAAAAGAAUCUUCUCCAGAUUUUUCGGAGGCCCCACUGAUGCUGUGCUCUUUCUCAUUCUUUCAAGCCCGGGUGCCAGCCUGAGGCAGCCACUUCCACCGGCCAGGUCACAUGACCAGAGCCACCGCCACUUCCUGUUUAAAGAGAACUCUGAACUUUGGAAAGCGAGCUACAGAGCCGAGCAAUAUUUAUGGAUGCAAGAUGCGUGGUCAACCCUCAGGGGAAAACUGUUAUCUAAAAGUAUUUUUAUAAAUAUAAGCCUUUUAUACUGAUCAUGUCUUUAUAUUUGUAUCAAUGAUUUAUUUCUAUUAAAUAGUUAUAUAAUUCACUCAAGCACUGAUAUCUGGCCUGACAUCUUGGAAAUACACUCACUCAUAUUCAGAUUUUAAAGGAUAAAACUCUUAUUGUACUUUGGAACUUUCUGUUCAAAAAGACUUGCAGAUAAAAUAAGCUGAAGAUACUCCAUGAAAUGAAUCCACCAUGCUGGUAGUGCUACAGAUAAACUAGACGUGGCAAGACUCUGCGGAGAUUUCACAUUUUUAUUGCCUGGAGUCCAGUUUGGAGUCAUGUACUAAGGAACUCUUAAGUGUUUUUUCAUAUGUCCCUUUCAGUGGAAGACUCCCAGCAGGAACGGGAUGGAAACCCUGACUCCUAGCAGCAUGUCCGCUCUGCAUCACCUUAUGCCACAUCCAUCUCAGCCUCCUCCUGCGUGAGUUGACCGGUGAAGGCUUGGAGCAAUGCUGCAGGGUCAUCUGGUAGACUUCAGAGUGGCAUCUCAUCCUGGACACCACAGAUCAAUGUUCACAUCCACGAAGACUAAAUCAGCACCUCAGUCCACCACCAGCGCCGCCACCCCGAAAAGACUGUCUGAAUGCUGUGUGAGGCAUUGCCUGUUCAUGGCAUUUUAGUUCAAAGGUCCCCGCUUCCCGUACCAUUCUUGUAGCCCCCAAUGAGUGGUAACUGCAAAUUUCUUCCUGGAGAUGACAAUCCAACCUGUCCUUUUUAUUAUUAUUAUUUUUUGAAGUGUUUUAGGUAUGAUUCCCAGGAAGUAGACCCUGAAUCAGAGAUUUGUGUGCAAGAAAAUUAUUAAAGAAGUGUUUACCAGGGGAUACCAGUAAGAGUAGAAGCGGAGGGUCAAGAAAAGUAAAAAAAAA